AUGUCUAUUGUCGCUGCAUAUGAUGCUGGCACCAUUGAAAGAAUGGUUGACGAUUAUUUCAGUGACAGCAUCCAAAUAGAUGGUUACAGUACACUAAGGCUUUGCAGUUGUAAUUUGUACACAAAGCAUGGUAAUAAUGUUUGCUCCACUUUUUCAACAGUCCGACAGACCAGCCGGCCAGACAGGCCUCAGACAACUCAGGAUGAUGCUGGGAUUGCAGGUUCUGCUUCUGUAAGCCGACCUCCUGUAAGGCGCCCAUCACAGGGCUCGGGCCACUUACCCAGGAGGCCAAGUAAGACACGGCGUCUUGGCACGGACUCUGCGGCUCCAUCUUCCCCACCCAGGCGGCGCAUUUCUGCAGUGUCACCCCAGCCACCACUGGCACUAUUGGCGAGUCCACAGAGUGAUGAGCCCCGAUCACCUCAGUUAUCUGAGCCCAGCUUGAUGGCCAACGUGGACCAGCAGGGACAAGACCAACAGGCAACCAUCACACUGCAACUUACACCUGUUGACCCGAGCCAGCCAAUACAGCUGCAGGAUAUCCCCCAAGCCUCCAUGAGUCCACAACUGGCACAAGCUCCACCCCAAACACAAAUACCAGAUGACUUUUGGGCCAGUUGGACAAGCCAACAGGCCCAAAGCAAUGCCAGCCUGACCGCACAUACCCAACACCUUGCCAGUCUGCCCCAUCAUCUACCGCGCAUUAGUCGCAACUCGGGCAGACUGAUUGUACAAGUAGGCCGAAUCGCAACAUCGAUGGAGCAAAUAAGGGCUGACAACAACCAAAUGCUGGCUCAUUUAACAGGUGAUGACAGUUAA